AUGGAUGUCGAUGCCUCCAUGCCCAAGACUCUCGACGACCCAAUCGUGACUCACGAGCUUUACCGGGAGAUUAGACCAAUAAUUCAAGAAGGGGACGACGAGUCUAAGAUUUGCAUGUUUACCUCUGCCUGUUUGUUCCCCUGGACCAUCCUCGAUUUCAACACUCUUUGGGAUGGAUCUUUGCCAGCGCAGACAGGCGAGGAUGGACAGCGGGAUUGGGCUCGCCUGGUUGAGCAGUUUGCGGAUGUCGCUCUGCUCGGUGGCAUGGGUACGAUGACUAUCUGCUCGACAUUCCGUCAGCACUUUCGCACAACCUUGACAUUCGCGAAGCUAGAGCGAGAGCCGGUACUAGCUUCGGGGUGGGCAUUGAAGAAAGAUAACCCUUUCGCGCCUCUUGCAGUCUUCUCGCUUGGGUCAUAUGUUCUGGUCCACGACAUCCAAGAGAAUAAACUCUUGAGCGUCUUGCGAGGUCAUGGCGGUUUGAUACAUGCCAUCGCCGUCCAUCCAAGCGAGCCACACCUCUUCUGCACCACAUCGCGCGAUUUCACGACAAGGAUUUACAACCUUAAUCUCAAAGCAGCCAACAGCAAGGAUGAUAUCCGACUCAACCCAAUCUGGAGUCCGUGCGAAAGACAUCCCAGUAAGGGUGGUGCGCCUCAUGGUCUACGAGCAAGCGAACCGGAGGGCUAUAAUCCUCAAGCUCCUGACGCUAAUCCGAGGGCGAAGAAAUCAAAGGUGAACAAGCCAGCUCCCAUCGGUCGUUGCGUCAAGAUACUGGUCGGUAGCCGCGCAGCUGGCCAUCAACAACCAGUACUCUGUGCAGCCUGGCAUCCCACAGUACCUGCCAUUGCUACAGGAGGGCUCGAUCGUUCCAUCAAGAUCUGGCGCGCGGCACCAUUGCCUGAAGAUGGUUCCAUCUCCCGCGAGGACAAACCACUGUUCAGCUGCGUGGAGCUGCAUAGAGCCGGUGUCAUGUCCGUCGCCUGGGUCGGCGAGGAUACACUCAUUACUCAUGACAGGCCGGCGCGUAUGAAUAGCAAGGGUCAAUACGAGCCAGGUGCAGUAUCAUUUUGGAAAUGGAACUCUUUCAGACGGUUCUUUCCCGUCGGACAAGAGGAAGGAUGGCAUACACAGCCAGACUUAGUCGGAGUCGCAGCGGACUUUUCCGAGAGCGCCUCCUUCGAGAUCAUCACUCGGUUGGACCUUCCACAGCAAAGAUCGGCUCUGGGUGCCAGAGUGUACAACGACAAGCACCUCUACCCCGUACUGGCUAUCCCCCUUCAACACAGUAUACGACUAUUGGCGCCUGGAGAUCUGCCAUUAUACGACAGGCAAACAGCCGUACCUCCGCUGGAAGGUGAAGAAGACGUCGCGAUCGCACAUGAGAUGGGUAAUUUGAGCCUGACUGGCGGGAGAUCACGUUCGAAAGAGACGGCUCGUAUUAUCACGAAGCCUGGCGAAGAGGCAACCUUGCUCGCAGUAGACAUGUCCCUUACGGGCAGGCUCAUAAUCGGCGUUGAUGACAUGGGACGGGCAUGGGUGUGGGUUGGGUCUUGUGAUUUCGCUCGUGUUGAUAGCUCUUGA